AUGAAAAUUAAUAUUUUAUCAUUAUAGUUUUCACUUGUGCAUAAACAAGAAAAUGCCCAUGAAGAAGGAAUUUGGUCUUGCAGUUGGGGUAGAGUUACAAUAUCAAACAAAACAAAUGAUGACGAUGAUCCUGAUGCCAGUAGAGAUUCACAUGUUUCUCAAACAAAUGCGGAACAAAAAGAUUUUAUAGUCACCGGUGGAAUGGAUGAUUUAGUAAAAGUAUGGGAUAUAGAUGACGGAACGAUUUCUUUAAAGCAUCAACUCACGGGUCAUUCUUUAGGAGUUGUUUCAGUUGUCGUAAGCAAUGACGGCAAAACAAUUGCAAGUAGCUCUUUAGAUUCAGGCCUGUGUUUUUGGGAUUCAGAAUCUGGAAUAUUGAAAAAGCAAAUAUCACUUGGACCAGUAGAUUUGUGGACAUUAGACUUUUCUCCAUGUGACAAGUAUGUUAUUUCAGGCAGUCACGAAGGCAAAAUCACCAUGUAUGAUGUUGAGAGUGGGAAGGCUGAACAGGUUUUAGAUCCGCAAAAUGGAAAAUUCACUCUUAGUAUAGCAUAUAGUCCUGACGGAAAAUAUAUCGCGACGGGUGCAAUCGACGGAAUUAUAUAUAUUUUCGAUGUAUCAACCGGGAAAGUGGCGCAAACGCUUGAAGGUCAUGCUAUGCCUGUGAGAAGUUUGUGCUUUUCUCCAGAUUCUCAACUUCUUUUAACUGCUUCUGAUGAUGGACAUAUGAAACUAUAUGAUGUAGCUCAUUCUGAUAUAGCUGCUACACUAUCUGGUCAUGCUUCCUGGGUUUUAUGUGUUUCAUUUUCUUCAGAUGGAAAACGGUUUGCUUCUUCAUCGAGUGAUAAAACUGUAAAAAUAUGGAAUUUCGCAGAAAGAAAGUGCAUACACACAUUUCACGACCAUAAUGAUCAAGUUUGGGGUGUCAAAUAUAGCUUUAAUAACGAUAAAGUAAUUUCUGUAGCUGAAGACAAAUCUUUAAAUUUAUACAAUUGCCCUUCUAACGUAUAUAAGGAUACAUAAAUUGCAUUUAAAAAUAAAUUUUUUUACAUUUGGUUAAAAAUAAAAUAGCAAAGUUUUUUUUUU